CGCGCGCCGCCGCGGGGCGCGCCGCGCCCGGAGGGGCCCGGCCCGCCGUGCGGCACCCCGCCCGGCCUGUGGCCCCAGGGGGCGGCGCCGCUGCCGCGGAAGGUGCAGCUCGGCUGUCGGAGGCGCCGAUGCGGCGGAGCUCCGCCCCCAGAGAAGGUCGGGGUGCCGGCGCCGUGGGCGCGCGCCGGCUGCCUGCCGAGCCCCAUCUACGUGUAGGGGCGGGGCCGCGCGCCCGCGGCGGCUCCUCGGGGGCGGGGGAGGGGCCCGCGCCCGGCCUCGGGCCCCCGGGGGGGCGGCCCGCCGACGGGUGCGCGGGCGCGGCUGCCGCCCGCGCGUGGUCGGCGAGGUUCUGGUCGGGAUCCCUUCGGCCAGGCGCGGGUCGGCCGCGCGCAGAGGGGGGGGCUGACGGGGGGGGAGGGGGGAGGAGGGCUGCUUGCAGAAGCGCCCCCCGCUCCUCUCAGAGGGCGCGGGCCUCGUCUGCGGCUGCCGGGCCAGCGCCUUCCAAGGAGCGGCCUCCUGCUCCGAAGCCCCCUCCCCCCCCUGCCUCCUCCACCCCCUUGUGCGCGCCGCCGAGCAGGGGGGGGCGGAGGCCGGGGGGAAGGCUGCCUAUCAGCCGCCUGCGUCUCAGAAGGCGCGGGCCUUGUCUGCGCCCCCUUCCUGCGCGCCGCCGCGUCCCGCCCUCCAGCGGAGUGCAUUCAGCACGUGGAAGUGCGCUGGGCGCACCUCCAGAUCGGACGAGUCUCUCGGGGGCCCUCGGGCGCCUCCUGCCGGCUCCUCCUCCCGUGGCUCCUCGAGGGCACUGGCCCGACCGGGCCGAGGGAGGCGGGCCUGCACGGCGCGCGCUCUGCAUGCCGCGAUGGCUUCGGCCGCGAAUCGGCGAGGCACCCUCCCACCGCCUGCCCAUGCGCACCAGCGGCAGUCCGAGAGUGGCCUGCCAGGCCGAAGCGUUUUUUCUGGACCCCCCGGCGUCCCGUCCUGGGUCCGCUGCCGGCGCUCUUAGUUAUCCAAGUGUACAGGAGUUGGGGGGCGGAGGCUCCUGGCGGGACUUUGGCAGUUUGAGUGCGGAGCAUCUUUCUGCCUGGUCGUUCGCGGCUGCUUUUGUUCCUGGGUUUGCGGUGUAUUUGUGUGUUGCCAUUUGCACGUAUGUGUAUUUGUGUGUGCGUAUGUGUGCAUGUAUGCGUAUGUUUGCAUUUACACCGGUAGUAUACAUAGCAGUCUGCGAAAUGCACGGAAUGCGGCGGAACGCAGGAGUUCCUUCUGGCCAGCAUUGCCGCAUGAAUACUCGUCAGCACAAUGCUGGCCGUAUCCUUUUUCAAGCCGUCUCUGGGCAGAGAGUGAGGUCGAGCGUUUGAACUAGCGAGCGGCGACAGCCGUGGCCAGGAAUAACCGGUGUGGAGCAUCGGCCUGUCCCGCGACUCGCUCAGCGCUUUCGCACUCAUUCGAGGGGGACGCAGGCGAGGGCGAGGAGCAGGCGGGGGUCGCCAACGACAGACGCGCUUGGGCGCUCGCGCACGCUGAUGGGGUGGUAUGCUCUGGGUGGAGCCUCUGGACGCCUCAUUCGCCUGUCAGUCCCGUGUUCUUCCCUCCCCCUUCCCAGUCGUUCCCUUUCUCCUCCUGGUACAUGUGCUCGCCCUCUCACUCUUUCUCCCCAGCUUUAGAGUGCUUGAUGGGGUCCUCGACUGAUCCAUGUUCAUCGGGGCUGAAUUGCGUGGCGGUAGGAAAUGUAGAGCGUUGCCUACGCUGGGCGUUUUUUGUGCGGUCGGGCUUUCGGCCAUCGUUUUUUUUUCUGGUGCGCCAGUGCAUACGACGUCUUGGUGGACCGCUUGAUUGAUUGGACGGUGGCAGCAAAGAAGUGACAGCCCCCCCGCCGUCGCUUCACAAAGUCCGCCAGGCCCAGGCGCGAGCCUGCGGCUCUUCCGCGAGCCCCAGGCGCGACGCGUGGCGUCGCCGCGUUUUGCCGUUUGCAGGUCGGCUUGUUUCCACUUGGCGCCACGCUCUGCCCCGCGCGCGUCGUCCUCGCAAUUCAGCCGCGCGCUUUGGCUCGCCUUCGCCGGGCGCCCGCCGCUGGCCCGAGGGGGCGGGGGCCCCCCCGCCCCCGCCUCGCUAGCUCCGCCGGCCCAGGGCCCGCGGGCGCCCGCCAUCCCCAUGCGUCGCGCGCACGUCGCCUCGUUUUGCCGUUCUCGGCUCGGGAAUGUCAUCGCUGGCGCAGCGGCUCCCCCGCGCGCUUCGUGCGCGCAGUUCUGCCCCGCGCGUUCGCGCGCGGUGUCCAGCCGCCCGCCGCUGGCCUGGGCGGGCAGUCUGGCGGGGCCAUCGCCGUGCGAUUCCGCGCCGUCCGCGGGGUCUGUGGACUUCCGCCGCCUUCAGGCGCCGCGCGGGCGUCGCCACGCAUUGGGGGG